GGCUCGACAGCGGGCCCGCGUCAUCUGGCAAGGCAGUGGGCACCGAGUCACCAGGCACGACAGUGGGCUCUGAGUCAAUUGGCACGACAGCGGGCACCGGUCAUCAGGUACCGGAUCGUCUGGCUCGACAGCAGGCACCGGGUCAUCUGGCGCUGGAUCGUCUGGCUCGACAGCGGGCAUCGUGUCACCAGGCAUGACAGCGGGCACUGGGUCAUCAGGCAUUGGAUCGUCUGGCUCGACAGCGGGCACCGGGUCAUCUGGCGUUGGGUCGUCUGGCUCGACGGCAGGCAUCGGGUCACCAGGCAUGACAGCAGGCACUGGGUCAUCAGGUACCGGAUCGUCUGGAUCGACAGCGGGCACCGGGUCAUCAGGCAUUGGAUCGUCUUGCUCGACAGUGGGCAUCGGGUCAGGCAGAGAAUGAGGUAUGGAUCAGGCAGGGUCGGCAAUGAAUCAGUCAGACAGGGACAGGGACAGGAACAGGAACAGGAAAAGGAACAGGACUGCAGGUAAC